AUGGGCUUUCCGAGGUCCAUCGCUCUAUGUGACUGCAAUGGAGUUCGUCAACCCGUCAACUCUCAGACCGCCUAUUUGGAUCUUUCUGUCACGUACGGUGUAAGUGAAGCGGAAAACCGGAGAUUACGAGAGUCACACGGAGGUCUGAUGAAGAUGAACGGACCUCGUCUGUCCCCCGACAUCGACGACACAGAGUGUGAGCUAAAUAUGACCUUUGACCCGAAUACAUUCUACUGCAACAAAGCUGGUGACCCCAGAGUUGACGAGAUGCCCGCACUUUCCGGCAUGCAGACCCUGUUUGUGCGAGCACAUAACGCAAUCGCUUCCGGUCUCGCAGACGUAAACCCAGCCUGGUCCAAUGAGCGUCUGUUUCAGGAAUCAAGGAAGAUCCUGGUUGCUAUCUGGCAGAAUAUCGUAUAUGGAGAAUACCUUCCCAUAGUGCUUGGGAGAGAAACGGUCAAGAAAUUAAAGAUUGACAUUAAGCCCAAAGGCUACAAAGACACUUACAAAUCAACCACGGACGCCACAGUCAUAAACGCGGUAGCAGGUGCCGCAUUUCGUUACGGGCACACAAUUCUGAACAGGGGAACCGGCCAGAUGGACAUCAACUUUAACCUUCUGCUCCUCGAUGACCUUGCCAAUAACUUCUUCAAACCAAAUAUUUAUCACUCGUACAAUGGCACCGGUCACCACAAUGUGUUACGCUGGGCAACCUCAGAGAGGUGUCCAUUGCUUGACAGGAAGGUCGAAAGGAGCGUUCAAGAGCGGUUGUUCAUAGACUCUGAGGGAAACAGCUUUGACCUAGUUGCACUCAACAUUCAGAGAGGUCGUGGUCAUGGGUUGCCGGGUUACAACGCGUAUCGGAAGUUCUGUGAUCUGAGUGAGGCGAGCAACUUCGGAACAGGAAACAGUGGUCUUGUGGACCAUGAUGAAAGCAUCGCCAGACUGUUGGAAGACGUUUACGAAUGCCCGGACGAUAUUGAUCUCUUUACUGGGAUAAUCACGGAGCGCCGAGGAUCCGAAGGUCUGCUUGGGCCGCUCGGCACGUGCCUCCUUGGUGAACAGUUCAAGCGCUUUCGGGACGGAGACCGAUUCUUCUUUGAACGAAACGUUCCUGCGGUCGGGUUUACCAGACCCCAGAUAGAUGCGAUAAAGCAAAUAACAAUGGCGUCCCUGAUCUGUCAACACACUUCAACUACCACACUCCAGCGGAAUGUAUUCGUCAUGCCAACCAUUUCAAUGGAGAACGAACGAGUAUCAUGCGAAACAAUUCCACGCCUCGACCUGUCGCUGUGGAUUGACACGUAG